AUGUCUAGCAACACAGAGACCUCUGAGGAGGACCCCAAUGAAGUGAUCAUCCCAAUUGAUCAUAGCCUCUCCGAUGGAGACAUGAACACCUGGCCCACGGAGGCCAAAUACACCAUGCCGGAUGACUCUAGAUGGCGGAUGAGUCUGGCCGAGAUGUGGCUCAAGAAGACGGGCGCCUAUGAAGAGGGUGUCACUUACAUCAUAGAGAGCCUUCCGGAAGGUUAUGGUCUCUUUUCAAGACCACGAGGAACCAACCCUUCGAUUCAAGAUAGCUUUCUCCACGGCCAUCCGAGUGGGAUCUACUUCCAGUCCCGAGUAACCUUCUUCCCUCACUUCUAUCAUUUAAUGACCAACAGUAUCAAGGACUGCCCCUGUGUACCGUGCAAGAGGGCUGCCAAAAGGAACUUUCCCACCAAGAGAAAGAAGCGCACCAUGGAGACCUCUCAGCCCCAAAGCCCUAGUCCUUCGUACCCCUGUGACGAAGAGGGGCCUGACUACUGGCGGAUCUUGGUGAUGAAACUAAAGAAGCAAGGGACCGUUGACGAAGAGGUUGAGCAGCGGAUGAACAUGGACUGGGUCUUGACCCAUGAAUGGCUUGGAGAGUUCUUCGAGCGAAUGAAGCUGCAAGCCGCCUUUAUUCCCCGCCGGGGCGAGACCGUGCUCUGGACUUACUCCCUCGAGGGACAGCUGGUAUGGAACGACAAAACCAAUGCCAUCGAGAUGUUGAGUGACAAAGGCGAAUGGCUUGGCAUUCCGGAAUGGCGCGCUGGAGUGGUCACUCAGGUCCCUGAGGAGGAAACUGUGGUUCAAGACAUUGUGGAAACUAGCAAGAAGAAGCACGGUGUGAACUAUUCCGGGUUCCGUGUCGAGAUGCUACCAGACCCCCUCAGCGAUGACAAGUCCUUCUCGCUGCAGUCUAGAUACCUCCCGCUGAAGUGCAUCAAGCCUAUGAACAGCUGGGAAAUCUUCCUGCAGACUAAGCGUCGCGAGGACUUGCACCCGUCUAUUGAGAACGCUCUGACCACUAUGUCCUCGUGGAGUCUACUAACCAAAUACCGCUUCGAAGGAACCUGGCCCGACGCCUCCGUCUUUUGCAAGGGUAUCUACAUUGGAUCGGAGCUCCUCGUCAUCAAGGAUGCCGUGCGGCUGAAGCCAUGGGGCUACAAGCUGGCAGAGAACGAGGAUGACACCUCGGCCAAGGGCCUUUUUCACCUCGUCACCGACGUGAUGGUUAUCGAGGAGAUCCGUCUUGUGCUGACCGACUGUAUCGACGACCCGCAAGACCCACAGCUUGCAAAUUUGUACAGUCCCCGAAUCUCCGGCAAAGUUUACACAAUCGACCAGCACCGUGCCAACUCCCAGCCUUUCUCUGACGACCCGAUUAAACUGAUGACAGCCGACGAGGUGACCGCCGCGUUCCAGCAGGUGGGGAUGCACGGCUACGGGGGAUGGCGCCAGGUUGCGGGCGGCAAGUCAUGCACGGUCUCACAGACGAUGGUGCUCGGCCGCUGUCACGAACCGGAUGCCAACGAGUUCCUAUACGGCGACCGACUCCUCGGCCACGAUCUGCACAGCGUUCUCAGCGGCCGCCGCUUCUCGACCCAGGUCGACGCGCGCAUCCCCGAGGACAAGUCCUGGUUCUGGGGCGACUACCGUGCCGAGACGCUGGGCAUCACCACUAUGAACAACAUCGACUGUGGUCCGGGCGCCGAACAGCGCGCAGACCCCGAGCGCUGGCAGGCCAUCCUGAAGAUCGCCCAAGGCACCCACACCCCCGGCGAUGUCCGCCGUGCGAAGCUUCCCAGCUCGGCAGGUCGUCCGCCCACCAAGCCUGAAUUUGCUCAGCUCGGAAAGACGAGUAAGCUGGUCAGCUCGGCACUGGGCCCUCCCUCUGACAGUGAGAGCGAGGAUGUUUCCGACACUGACAAACUGGGCGGCAACAUCUCGGAGUUGGAAUUGUCUGGACAUAAUCUCACCGAGUCGAUUCAUUUCCGUGCGGGAGCUGAGGAUGACGACGAUGAAUACGCAGAUGAAGAUGGGGAUGAUGACGAGAAAGGUGACGAGAAUGACGACGAGAAAUGGCGAUGA